UGUUGCCAUCAGCAAGUGCUUCCCAAGCGGCAUCAGGCUGGUCUGCCACCGCUUUGCGCUGUUUUAAUCUCUUGGGGUCUCCUUCAAGUGUUCCAGUCAUGGCUUCCAUGAUACCUUGCCAUAAGAAGAAGCAUGUGACCCAAGUCAAAACUGAUUUUGCCUAUCAUCACAAACAUGUUGUCAAGCAGCAGCAUACGGAGAGGAAAUCAAGCUCUCAUUCGCUGAGUCAGGUGCACGGCCACGCCACAGAGGCCAUGGCGGAACCAGCCUAUACUAUACCCUUGUUCCGGCAGAGGACUGCGGAGGAAACUGAGGAGUACCAAAGAGUGUCCAAUAAUGUUGGGAAAGGACUGGUUGUAAUUCAGGAGGAGCUCCACAGGAUGAGGAUGGCCACAAAGGCGCAAGUGGAAAGUCUUGCUAUCAAAAAGGAGGUUAGGGAUAUGAUGACGAAGAGGGUGGAAUUGUUGGAUGAUCACCACAAAAUGCCAGACUUCUUGUUGGCCCUGCGACCCCACACUGUGUGGGAGAAAACUCCCAUCAAGCUUUUCUGCACUGUGGAGGGACACCCCAGGCCCAUCGUCAAGUGGUAUAAAGGAGGAGUGCCGGUCGACCCCCUGAGUGCCCCAGGAAAGUACAAGAUUGAGAGCAAGUAUGGAGUCCACAGUUUGAUCAUUAGCAGGUGUGUAGUGAGUGACACAGCAGAGUACAGCGCCGUGGCAACCAACCAGCAUGGCACGGCCACCAGCAAGGCUAAAGUUGUUGUGAAGAGACCUGGAGGCACUGGAGAGUCCUCCCAUCUCGGCCUAGUGCCCCAUCUGACUGAGAUCCAUCACAGUAAGCUGGAGGUCACGCUGCUCGACCAGUUCCCCGUCAGUUUUGGAGUGGAGGGCACGUCCAUCAAGCUGGUUUGCACCAUGGUGGUCGUCCCUGACCUCCCUAACGUCCCACCGCUCGCCCAGUGGUACAGAGAUGAUCAUUUACUGAAACCAAGUAAGCUGGCAGAGAUGUCGGUGGGCGGCGGAGCAGCCGUUCUGAGUCUGCCUCACCUGGCCAAGGACGACGAGGGUCUGUACACGCUCCGUAUCUUCACCAAGGACGGCACGGCCGAGCACAGCGCCUACCUGUUCGUCUCAGACGCUGCUCCCUCCGUAGCCGGAGCUCCUGGAGCUCCAAUGAGCGUCAAGGCGUAUGACAUCAACUCGGAUUAUGUCCUGGUUGCCUGGAAACCUCCUAAUACAGUCAAUGAGGCGCCAAUCACCGGAUACUUCGUGGAUCGGUGUGAAUCCGGCCACGACACCUGGGUCCAGUGCAACGACGCCCCGGUGAAGGUGUGUAAAUACCCGGUGCACGGCCUCAGCCUCGGCCACUCCUACCACUUCAGGGUGAGAGCCGUGAACAGCGCCGGCAUCAGCAGGGCCUCCCGCAAGUCGGACAAGGUCACUGCCCUGGACGCCGUGGAGAACGAGAGGCUGCAAGUGGUUAAAAUUGAAGGAAGGCAUGACAUAGUGAUCAAGGAAGACGAGCUGGAAGGCUACGUAACCGUCCCCGGCGAGCCCACAGAUGUGCAUGCAUCUGAGAUUUUCAAAUCCUAUGUGGUGCUGAGCUGGACGCCCCCGCGCCCUCGUGGCCGCGCGCCGAUGUGGUUCGCCAUCGAGAAGUGCAUAGCAGGCACUGGAGCAUGGCAGCAGAUCAUCGCAGCAGUCAAACCGCACUCCCCUCGUUAUCCAGUAUUUGAUUUGCAAGAUGGGCAAAAGUACCAGUUCCGAGUGUAUUCGGUCAACAUGUACGGCUCCAGCGAGGCCUCGGCGCCCUCUGAGCCCAUCCAAAAGCUUGACCGAGAUGGUACUGAGCUGUGGGUCGGCGUGCCGUCUGCUCCCGGUCAGGUCGUCGCCACCAGGAACACCAAGUCGUCCGUGUUCGUGCAGUGGGAAACUCCCGCGCAUCAGAAGAAUCUCCUGGGAUAUUACAUCGAUGGCCGCGUUGCUGGAUCCAAGGACUGGUUCCCCUGCAACCACAAACCCUUCAGACACAACAGGUUUGUGGUCCAUGGCCUGAUCCCGGGGGAGACCUACACCUUCCGCGUCCAAGCGGUCAACGCCUUCGGCCUCAGUGAGGAGUCCCAGGAGUCGUCUCCCCUCUCCGUGGAGCCGGCCCUCGGCAAAGGGGUAGAGUAUGCCACCCCCAGUUCUCCGUACGGCAUCACCAUGCUGAACUCUGACGGCUCCUCCAUCACCGUGGCCUGGAGGACCCCCAAGCACUGCGGCGGCUCCAAGGUCAACGCCUACUACAUCGACAAGCGCGACGCCGACACCCUGGUGUGGAAGGAGGUCAACAUGUCCGGCGUCACAGACCGAGUCUGCACUGUGGACCAUCUGACAGACGGAACGUUUUACGAGUUCAGGAUCCAGGCCGGGAACAUGGCUGGUGUCGGCCUGCCGUCAGCUCCCAGCGCCCCCAUGAAAUGUCAUGCUUGGACCAUGCACGAGCCAGGCCCAGCCUACGACCUGCACUUCAGCGAGGUGAGGAGUCACUCCCUGGUCCUGCUGUGGAAGGCUCCACUUUACACGGGAGCCAGCGCCGUCACCGGAUACUUGGUGGACAUGGCCAAGAAAGGCUCAUCAGAGUUUGUUACUCUGACUCAUGAAGCUGUGAGCCAUCGUUACCUGCAGGUCCAUGAUCUGCACGAAGGUGAAAACUACGUGUUCAGAGUUCGUGCUGCCAAUGCGAGCGGUGUUGGAAAGCCUUCCCAGCUGUCCGACCCCGUCUGUGCCAAGGCUCUCCCAGGCACUAAGGAGAUCGUGGCUGGCGUGGAUGAAGAGACUGGAGACAUCUUUCUGUCUUUUGAGGCCUGCGAGAUCUGCGAGACGUCCAAGUUUGUGUGGUCUAAGAACUACAAGCCGGUGGGCGACUGCCCCAGGGUCACCGCCUCCACCAAGGGCAGGACUUCCAGACUUACGUUCACCAACCCUGAUAAGGAUGACCUGGGAAAAUACUCUGCGGUGGUCACGGACACAGAUGGAGUUUCCAGCAGCCACACUCUGACCGAGGACGCCUUGAACACGAUGCUUGAGCUCAGCUACAACAUCAGGAAUCCAGUCGUGCCCCUGAAACACGGCCUCAACUACGAGGUUCUGGAGAAAGGUCACGUGCGUUUCUGGGUGCAGGCCAUCAAACUGUCCCCGUCCGUGUCCUACAGGUUCAUCGUUAACAACAAAGAGGUCACCAGUGGGGAGGGUCAUAAAAUCAGCCACGACGUGGCGACAGGAAUCAUCCAGAUGACGGUGGAUCUUUUCACCAGGGACAACGAGGGCACGUACACCGUCCAGAUCCAUGACGGCAAAGCCAAGGCCCAGAGCUCCCUGGUCCUGGUGGGAGAUGUGUUCAAGGCUGCCCUGAAGGAGGCCGAGUUUCAGAGGAAAGAGCACAUUAGGAAGCAGGGUCCACAUUUCUCCGAGUAUCUGUCUUUCACUGUGGCUGAGGAUUGCACCGUUAUGCUUGUGUGCAAGGUGGCUAAUGUGAAGAAGGAGACUUCUUUCCACUGGUACAAAGAGGAUGAAGAGGUUGUUCCAGAGACUCCCCCCAACGUCAUGUCUGGAGCCGUCGCUCUUCCUCUCCCUCUGUUCUCCAGGAAGGAUCAUGGUGUGUUCAAGGCUGUACUCAGCGACGACAGAGGAAAAGACACGUCUGUGUACGACAUCUCAGGCCAAGCGUUUGAUGACAUCAUCAAUGCCAUUGCCCACAUUGCUGGUGCGUCGGCCUCUGACCUGGUGCUGCAGUGCACGCCCGAGGGCAUCCGGCUCCAGUGCUACAUGAACUACUACACGGAGGAGAUGAGGACCGCCUGGAAGCACAAGGACAGUAAGAUUGCUUCCUCUGAGAAGAUGAGGAUCGGGGGCACGGCGGAGAUGGCCUGGAUGCAGAUCUGCGACCCCUCGGACAAGGAGAAAGGUCACUACUCCAUCGAGAUCUCAGACGGCGUCUCCACCUACACCAAGACCUUCGACCUCUCUGGACAGGCAUACACUGAUGCCUAUGAGGAGUACCUAAGACUUAAGGCAGCUGCAUUUGCCGAGAAGAACCGCGGCAGAGUGGUCGGGGGUUUGCCUGACGUGGUCACCAUCAUGGAGGAGAAGUCCCUGAGCCUGACCUGCACCGUGUGGGGCGAGCCCACCCCCGAGGUCACCUGGCUGAAGAACGAGCAGGAGGUCACCUCCAACGACCACACCAAGGUGGUGUUCGAAGGCGGCAAGUUCGCCAGCCUGGUCAUCAACAAGGUGACUCCGGACGACUCCGGCAAGUACAGCAUCAACGUCCGGAACAAGUACGGCGGCGAGUUCGUGGAGAUCACCGUCAGCGUGUACAAGCACGGAGAGCAGAUCCCCGAGGCCAAGCACGCCAGACCGGCCCCGGCGGCCACCACGCCCGUGCCGGCCAAGACCCCCACCCCCACCCCCAAGUCCCCCACCCCCACCCCCAGGCACUCCGUGAAGAGCCCCACUCCGGCCUCCACCCCAGUCCCCAAGUCCCCCACCCCCACUCCCAAGUCCCCCACUCCCAGGUCCCCGGCCCCCAAGUCUCCCACUCCGUCCCGCGGCGUCAAGUCUCCAACGAUGUCUCCGACGCCCAGGUUCAUGAAGUCCCCGACCCCCCCCAGGAAGUAGGGGGUGGGGGUUCUGGUGCCUGGGAGCACAGCGUUGGCUGCAAGCAGCGUUUAUUUAUCGCACGAGUGUGAAACCGUCUGUAGUUGCAGACAUCGGUAGAGUCCCGCCCCCCACCCCUCCCCCGGCUGCACACCCACUCUCAGUGACCGGGCUGAUUAGCAAUCACACGUCCCUGAACAUCUCAGUUUCACUUCGUACACAAGUGGGAGGAGGAAACAAGAAAAACAUAGAAUACUAUUUAGAAUCGUGCUGGAUGUUUUAAAAGCUGAACCUUCCACUAAGCAGCGUUGGUGGAACGCCUGUGUCUUAUUUCCUGCAUGUCAAAGCAUAUUUAUGGUUUAUUACAGUUAGUGUGACUUCUGUUUAGACGGGUGGUGUCGUAGAACCAGAACCUGGUCCUUCUGGACCGUCACCCUCUGAGACUGAAACACAAACACAAAGGUGAUAAAUAUGAGAUGUAAAAGUUACAGUAACCUCCCAAGCUGCACACAUGACCCGGGUUGUAGUAAACCAGAAUUUCUGGAUGACCUGGUGUUUUCAGCGAGAGAGCUGGGGUAAUGGUAUGAUUCAGAAACUGCCUUCACACAUGCCAGAUCACUUUUAAUGUUCCUCCUUGGUUUCUAGGUGUUAUUCUAUGUGAAUCUUAUUGUUCUGGUGUCAUGAUGAAGCCAGUCCCUGCGGCGGUGAAGAGAAACAACCUCUUCCCUCCGUCGUGUCUGUGCCUGAGAGCUUCACCUGUCUGUGGCUCCUUGUCUUUUCCCCUCUGGUGCUUUGUGAUGGCAAUAAACGUUCUUCAUCAA